UUCAUAACAAAACCGAAAACAAAAAUUAAUAAAUUAUCAUAAAAGUAGGAAAUUUUAAGUAAUUUCCGCUCAAAUCAGGCUCAAAACAUGACUUCACGACGACUCGAGCAGCAAAAAAUCUUGGAAGAGCAAAAUCCAUGCCUUAAGGAACAAAAAUUAAGUCUUGAAUGUCUCGAUGCAAAUUCGUAUGAUGGAGAAAAAUGUCAACUUGUGUUUCAAAAUUACAAGAAUUGCAAUGCCUUUUGGUUAAAAGUUCAAAGAGACAGAAGACGGGAAGGAAUUCGACCGUUGUUGCCUCCAGCAGCGGAGCGAGAAGCAAUUAAGGCUGAAUAUAGGAAAAGGUACCCCAAGGAAAUGUAAAAUUUUAUUCGAAAAACCAUCGAUUAAGAGUAGUAAAAAACUUUUUAUCAAAUUUUUGGUGAUUUUUAUCAAGAAAUUUGUACUUAUAGUUGAAAGAAUCUUGUAACAUAAUAAAAAUCAAGUUUAUUUUUAAAUUAAAUAA